AUGGGAAACAUCAACUCUUGCUGGGCUGCUGAGCCGCCGGUCGCCGAGACGUUGUCGAGCUGCGUUACAAAGACCACAACCGCCGCGCACAAUUUCACGGUGACAAACUACUCGCUUCUCAAGGGCAUGGGCGUCGGCAAGUUCGUCAGUUCCAGGCCGUUCAGCGUCGGCGGCUACAGUUGGCAGAUCAGGUUCUACCCUGACGGAGACGACCAGGAACAUGCAGGCUACGCGGCGGCCUUCUUAUGUCGUUGUGAUGGCCUCGCAGCAACCGGCGUGCAGACCAAGUACACAUUAAGCUUGCGGCGCAACAAGGAUGGCAAAGUACACCGUGAUUCUAAGUGCUCCAGCAAGCUCGUAACAUGUAAUUUUCAGCAAGUGGGUGCUGGCUGGGGCUUUUCCGAUUUUAUAGAGAAGUCUAAGCUGCAAGAAGACUGUUUCACGAUCAGGUGCGACUUGACCGUCAUAGGAAAAACCAUCAUCCUAUAG